UUAUUCUUAUGUCGGGGUUCCCAAUCGAAAAAAAAAAAGUACUUCAUAUAGAUCGAUUUCCCUAAAAAAAAAUUCAUUUCAGCAUCUCAAUUCUCAGCAGAAGUAAUUCCAGUUCUAGAAGCGUCGGAGGUGGGGAUGCAAGCAAAGACAUUCUCAAGUUCUUAAAGAUAAAAAUCAUAUUUUCAUAACUACUGUAAAAAUCUACCAGCCAAAACAGUAAAUUACUGAAGGUGAGCAGAUUUUGAAGCCCAGAAACUCGAAAGAAGCAUUAUUUUUCUCUCUCUAUAAUCUUGAAAUAAUGAUAUUUUGAUUGUGAUAUUGUUGCUGAGAAAGAUGGAAAGAGAGGUAAUUGAAGCAGAGUUAGUAUUACCGACCCACUUAAACUUCAAGAAGAUUCAAAUGUAUGAAAAAUACCCUAAGGGUCAAUCUAGGGGACGACAUUGGAAACAUCUCAAGCAAAUUCUUCAGGCUGAAAAUUACCAAAAUUACCCUCUUGAUGAACCCAAUUAUGUCAAUAUUGAGUCGCCACCUUCAAUGCAUCCACCGAAAAGAAUUUGUGAUAUUACAGGAUAUGAGGCACCUUAUUACGAUCCAAGGACCACCAUGCGUUAUGCCAAUGCUGAAGUCUUUAAGCUCGUCAGAUCACUUCCUAAUGAUUAUGUGCAGCGGUAUCUGGCUCUUCGAAAUGCUGCUGUCGUCCUUAAGUAGUUUUGCUUCCCUGUAACAGCCUUCUGUUCAGCAGUAUGUCGAGUACUUUCUCGGGUUCAUUGAAGACGUGCAGAACAGCUUAGAUACUGCAUUUUAUUCUCGAUUAUCUGUUACUACAUGGUAUUUUCAACUGUAUGAGUUAGCUGUCUAACUGGGUAUCAGACAAGUAUAUUUUGCUGAGUUAAUAUGAAUGUAGUAUUAGAGACCA